GUAGAGGGAGGAAGUUUUAUGUAUGGGCAGUUCCGGGCUGUGUAUUUUGUAUCAGUGACAAGUCCUGCAGGCAGUUAGACACAUUCAUUGCAGAAUGUCUGUGUGGCUGAGCCGCUUGUGUGUGUCAGUGAGAUCAGUGAGUGCCCAGCAUGUAGGCUCUGGGUUCAGUAGGAGCUUGCACUCUCUGGCAGGACCAAGCAUCAAGCUUCCCAGGACAUUACAAUACCCAGGACACAGCACCAGGAGCAGCAGGCAGGGCGAGAUACGUCUAAUAGACACAAGUAAACAGGAAUUCCAACUUUCUCACUAUGAUUAUCUGUCCUGAUCAUUUCUAAUUCAGAGAAAUAUUCUUAGUCUUAUAGUCUCAUACCACUCUAGUUCAAUCUUCUAGGACAGUGGUUGGCAACCUUUUAGCAGCACAGUGCUGAAAUAAGAUUGUAAUGUCCCAUAGCGUGCCAGUCCUAUUUUUAAAAUUGAGGUGUGCAUGUUGCCGUAUUCGUCUUGGCUUAUUAUAUACUGCAGUUGCUUUGUAUCGUUGUAUUUGUGUACAUGAGCUAUUAUAUUGUAUAUGUUCAUGAGUAGUUUGUGGCAUUGUGUAUGAUACCUAUGAAUGUCGGCUGUGUAUGGGGGCUGCUUGUGGAAUUGUGUGUGUGGAUAUCACAUUUUGUGUUUGGUAGUGUGUGUAUGUUUGGGGUAUUGCAUGUGAGAGACUGCAUGUGGGGUUGUGUGCAUGCAUAUGGAUUGUCAGUGUUGUUGAGUUUGUGUGGGUAGGCUGCUUUUAUUUGUAUGAGGAGUUGUUUAUUCUGCAGCUCUGUGUAUAUGUAGCAAUAUGCGUGGCAGUGGGUACCAUGUCAAGGGCAGGAGCUGCAAAAGCUGCCGAGGGCUGCUCUACUACAGUGUGGAUUCCCAUUCACAAGUGCUGGGAGGAAGUGAUCUGAGAUCACCUUCUAUGUGCUGCAAUGCAUAAAUUGAGGAUUGUCCUUCACCACCUUUUCGUAUUAGCAGAAAUCUUAAGUUUCACUGGGACUCCUUAUAGGCCAGAGCCUAUUUGGCUCUAGCAGCCUUGAGUGCCGUGCAAAGACACCUCGAGUGCCGUGCAUGGCACUAGUGCCGUAGGUUGCCUACCCCUGUUCUAGGAGCAAGUAAAUUUAUCAGGAACAGACUGUGAAGGUCAGGCAUAGCUAGGCCUUAAUUAUACAUUGUUUGCAGCUACCUGCUAGUAAUACAAACUGUAGAAAAAAAAGCAUUUUGUAAUAGUUUUUUUUUUCUAAAUACAAACCAGAAAUCUACUAGCAGGUUUUUAUUUCUUUUAAAGUGACAUAUUAUUGUUUGUUUUGUUGUUUUUUUUUUUUUACUUUUUUCUUUUAUGGAGGUAAAAGUUAAAAUGUAAUACUGCCUCAAUAGUUGGUGGCUUCUACCGACCAUAAAAGUGUGGAGCAGGUUUUUUUGGGGUUUUUUUGCAUUGUGCCUACUAUUGGGAGUUGAAUGCUGUCUUUGCAUUUGGGCAUUAUGGAGGAGAUUUGUCAAAUCAAAAAAUGCGGUGCUAUUCCUGGGAACAGUGCUAAAAAAGGAGCAAUUAUCAUGGAAACCAAACAAAUAACUCUAAUUUAGCAGUAGCACUUUGCACCCAAAACAGUACCUAUUUAGUCUUGAUUAAUCUUUCCUUGUAAAUCUGUGCAAGUCCAUCUUCUCCCAUUUGUAAUUAAUUGAUGUUUUGUAGGCAGUGAUACAGUAAACAACACUUUUGCAAAGUAGUCAUAGGUGCAAUACAUACAUUGUAUGUACGUACGUUCGAUAUUCUGACUUUAAAUUAAUAGGAAAUCAAAAGAGAAUAACAGAAUGGCAAUACAUAAUUAAAACAGAAACACAAAGUCAUAGUACACAAGGUCUCGUAUUGUAUUUGUAGUGAAAGAAAGAAUCAUACAUCCAUGGGCCUACCCAGUACCCCCUUCCGCUCGAUGGACAUUUCUCAGGUGAGCCUCGACCCUCCCUAUCCUCAGCCAACAUUCACCUCCAACUCUUUAUUUUUUUUUCCCUCCCGUCCCUAAAUUUUAAGUUUAUUUCAUUGUGUGUUUCGACUUGUACAAUUACCAUGGCUGCCAUGGUUGAUCUAAUUUGACUUGCUGAGUAUCAGUACACGUUAGUUCAUAAAUACAGUUAAGAUUAAAGAAACACUGCUGAAGGAUCAGGAACACAAACAUGUAUUCCUGACCCUAUAGUUUUAAUAUCACUAUCUAGACCACCUGACCUCCUCUUGUCCCUCUAAAUAUUGUAAAAUCUUACCUUUGUUGCAGUCUGCUGCUGGCCUAUGAUCUGCCUGCUUGACUGACAUCAUCAGAAGUGGUGCUCUGAGCCAAUCACAAUGCUUUGCCAUAGGAAAGCAUUGGGUUGGCUGAGACUGUCAAGGAGGCAGCUCAAGGGCAGAGCCAGCACAAGUCUAACACUGCCCUGGCCAAUUAGCAUCUCUCAUAGAAACGCAUUUAAUAAAUGCAGAGGGUGGCGAUACUAAAUUGCAGCACUGUCCCAGGAAGCUCCUCUAGUAGCCAUCUAAGGAGUGGCCAGUGGAGGUAUCCCUAGGCUGUAAUGUAAACACUGCUUAUUUUUUUUUUUUUUUUUAAGUGUUUACUGCAAAAAGCCUGAAGGGAAUGAUUAUACUAACCAGAACAAAGACAAUAAGCUUUAGUUGUUCUGGUGACUAUCGUAUCUUUUUAUUCCUAUAUACUAAACAAUGUAGUGAAGGGGUCACUCCCUCUUUCCAAUUAAGAGCUAUAAUGUUUUGUGCUGCUAGCGACAUAUGUGCAUGCAAUAUUCUAUGUGGGCUGCUUGUGUUUUUCUCUGGCAUGAGUAAAAGGUAUCUAAAGGGCUCAAAGGACACCUUUGAAAUUGACAUUACUGUCAAUACCUCCUCCACCUCCCUCAAAAUGGGCUGUAUUCUUUUUUUUUUUUUUGCCCACAUCUCCAACAAUUUGGCAAAACUGCUGAGUGUAUUUUGUGAACAUGAGAUGUGGGUUAGGUAGCAGUGAUAAACUAAUUAGUGAUGAGCCUCCACUUGGUGGUAACACCUUUUAACUCCCUUGAGAGCCCCUAAUGAACUAAGUGAGUCCCACUUAGUAAAAUUGUUACCACGGUCAUCUUUCCAUCUUUUUUGGAAGGGAUAUAUGCGGUUUGGCAGGAUUUCCUCUAGUACGCUAUACCACAUUGAUAAUGCUUUAGGCUUCAUUGGGUCUCCCCAGGAUCUAUUCAUAAACAGCUGAAAUUGGAGAGAUAUCGUGCAAGAAGGUUUUGCUAGUGUAACAAGGUGGAAGUUAAGUAAACUUUUGAUCUGCAGAUAUGGGAACAAAUAACCCAGGGGUAGGUUAAAAGAGGCCUGGAGACAUGGAUACACUUGUAAUUAAACUUGUGAGAAUAGUUGAGAUAUGUGCAUAAUAUCCACAUCCCAUUAUCUCUGUAAUGGUAUGUGGUGUUCAUAGCAUCUCUAGUAGACAGAGGAUCUGAACUGAACCCUUCACCAUAUCGACCCAUUGUAACAUGCCCUUGGGAGUAUGUAUGGAUAUCAUCGAUUGUAGCACUGCUGCUUUGCAAUAUAAGAGUAUGUUUGGUACUCCCAUGCUUUUUCGAUAAAAAGGUUGUUGGAGUGGUGUUAGCGGGAGUGUAGCCUUUCGGUUUUAAAAAUAGACACAUUUAUUGGAACCCAAAUGUCCAGCAGCAACAUUUCGACCAGAAAAGUAUUUUUCGAACUUGAAAAAGAAUGUUCUGAUCGAAACGUUACUGCUGGACAUUUAGGUUUGUGACGGACCGCCUGGCACUCCGACUGGGUACCUCCAUCAAUCACUGCUUCCUAGUACUUACGAGUACUGUAAGCAGUAGUGUAUUUAGGAUUUGUGCUGCCCUAGGCAGGACGGUGCUUGUGGACCCACCCCACACCCACCCUAAUUUAAAUUUUCCCCACCCCUUCCUGUCAAGGCUGCUCUUUGACUGACAGAUGCUCACUAACUUACAGACGCUUACUCUCGUUGAUAAAUGCAUACACUCACUGACAGACACACACUCUUAUAUACACUGACAAACAAGGACGACGCACACUCACUGAAAGACGCACACUCGCUGACAGAGGCACGCACUCGCUGACAGAGGCACGCACGCGCUGACAGACGCACGCACUCAUUGACCGACACAUACACACACACACACUCACUCAUUCAUUCACUCAAAUUCACUGACACACACACACAUUUGCCCCACUCACUAUUAUUAUUAUUAUUAUUAUUAUUUUUUUAUUAUUUUUUUUUAAAUUAAAAUCUGUCCAGCCUCCCUACUUUUGGGAUAGCUGGGUGGAUUUUUCACCUGGGGUCCAGUGGGGUUGCUGGGCAGAGAGGCGGACAGGUGGGCGGGCACUCUUCGGCGCGCUAGGGAGCUGAGCAGAAUGCUCAGGGGAAAGUGCUCCCUUGCUAACAGCUUAGUGUGACUGCCUGCCCGUGAAACAACCGCCCGCCGGCUCCCAUAAAACGAGGCAAACAUGAUAUUUGCCUGGGCAUUUGGGGGCGGCGUUUUUUACCGUCCCCCGGGAAAUUGCCGCCCAAGGCAAAUGCCUUGUUUGCCUCGUGGUAGAUCCAUCACUGACCAUAAGUACUCUCCUGGAGCACCAUAACCACCGUAAAACCCACGAACCGCCGCAGCUUGGUUGGGGUCUCGCCGUCCUCCACCCACCCUGGGCCCAAGACCAGGAUCCAGCUUCCAGUGGGUAGACUAGUCCAGAGGGCAUAGCAGGAACAGCUCUUAGAAGAGCUAGUGAUUAUACUCAGGGGAGUAUUGUGAUAUAGCAAUCCCCAAAGUGUUUGUAGUUCUCCAAUCCCCCAAACAUGAGCCAAGACUUCAUAAAGGAGUAAAGCAUUCUGUUUAAUGGAAGCCACAGCUGGCCUUUUAUGCAAGUCCCCAAGCAAGGUGUACGCCCAUAUGGACCUUGUUGGAGACAGGGACACAAAUUUAACAACAAGGUUACAAAGUGUGACACUCCCUAUACAAACAUACAAUCCCGUCUCUCUGCCUGGGAGAUAAUUGACGCAGAUACUACAUUAUCCCAAUUAUCUCCAGGCAGAAAAACACAUAAUUUACAAAACCCCAAAAACACACAAAACCCCACAAUUAUAUCCCCUGAUAGCCCUGAAAUGGGUGACCAGCAUAUCCAAAAAUCACCCAGAUCAGUUCAGAGGUUCAGGAUUUCUAUGGAAGUCUCAUUUUGAUCGACUGCACGCAUGGUUUCAUGCCCACAAUAGUUCCAGAGAAUCAGGCUGUGUGGCCGGUCUACUUCAAGGAUUUGAAAUAACGUUUGAAUUACCGAACAAAGCUGUUCGUGGAUAUAGUCUACGUAUGUGUUUUGUUCUGGGGUAUCUUCUUACCAAACACCGUUUGAAUAGCCAAACAUCCCUGGAAGGUAAAGUUUUAGUGGUGUUCGUGCUGUCGAGUGUCCAAGGGUCAUGAUGUUCUAAUACCAUCCUCUGGUCUCGACGUCCAGUUCCUUUAUGGUUUCUCCAUUAAAAUUGCGCUCAAAGCCCUGCACUGCAGCCUUUUCAACCAGAGACAGAAACUAGUUCUCAUACCAACGAGCUGAAUAUGGAUUUGCAGAUGCUGUCACUAUUGCUAUGUUGAUUAGUGCUGCAAAUACCCAGCAGUAAUCAUCACAAUUCCAUGCUUCUAAAAAAGUUUAAAAGAUUGUUUUAUUUUACUCGUUUUUUUAAAUAAAAUGAGGCAUAGUGUAAUAUAAUGAUACAGUGCUAAUGGCACAAAAAAUAAACAGAGUACUCCUUUAACAUGUAUUUGAUUACAGAUCUGACUUUGAACUUGCAUCACACCUGUGGCUUUUCAACAAACGUUGGCAAAACUAUCCAAUAUGAAGAACUUAAAAACUUGGUGAAAGAAGGAGUUACCCAUAUUGAUGUGCGGGAACCGUGGGAAGUAAAAGAGUAUGGCGUAAUAAAGGGAUCAAUAAACAUCCCAAGUAAGUUAGAAAAUACUUGUUUGUUCACUAAACCGUAAUUUGUGAUCAGUUGAUGUUAAAGGGACACUUUACUUACCAAAACAGCUUAAUGAAGCACUUUUGGUCUAUAGAUUUGCUUUUUAGGCAGUCCCCCGAUCGUUAUUAGCUUAGUAGAUGAGUAUUCCUGACUGGAAGGUGCUGUGCCACCCACCGGCGUUAAAGCCAACCUUUUGCAGGAUGGAAGGGGUUAACAGAGAUAUAACAUUUCAAACAAAACAGCUGAGUGAGCGAAUUUGGCCAUAAUUCUUGGUUUACUGUCAUCAACUGCUAACAACCAGUAUAUAUACAUAUUUUUAUAUUUAAUAACGUUAAGAAAGGACAUUUUAAAAGCCUUAAAAACCACUAAGGCGCCCAGACCACUUCAUCUUGAUGAAGUAGUCUGGCUGCAGUGGACUUAAUUUUAACCCUGCAAUGUGAACAGUUUCUACAAAACUGCAUUUUUUUACAUUGCUGUCUUCCUGACAUCCAAUAGAGGUGCUAACCUUGUGAAAACAGAAUCUGACUUGGUUCUCCGUCAAAUGCUGCUCCUAGAGAGUAUUUUAUUGGCCCAGUGAGGCGAUUUGCCUCACAUGCACACUAGCCUCCCAUUGAUUCGCUAUGGGGAAACAUUGGAUUGGUUGAGAUCUCCGCCAGGGAAGUGGAGUAGCAGGACUUAGACCAGCACGGCGAUGGAGUUAAAGUAAGUUACCCUGGCUUUUUACUUCGAGGAGCCUAUUAAUCUAAAUAGAUAUCCGGACACUACAGAUUAAAGGACCACUAUAGUGCCAGGAAAACAUACCCGUUUUCCUGGCACUAUAGUGCCCUGAGGGUGCCCCCACCUUCAGGGUCCCCCUCCCGCCGGGCUCUGGGGAGAGGAAAGGGGUUAAAACGUACCUUUCUCCAGCGCCGGGCGGGGAGCUCUCUGCCUCCGAUCCCCCUCCUCUCCUCCCUUUCGGCUGAAUGCGCACGCGCGGCAAGAGCUGCGCGCGCAUUCAGCCGGUCUCAUAGGAAAGCAUUUACAAUGCUUUCCUAAGGACGCUUGCAUGUUCUCACUGUGAUUUUCACAGUGAGAAUCAAGCAAGCGCCUCUAGCGGCUGUCAAUGAGACAGCCACUAGAGGAUUUGAGGGCUAGAUUAACCCAUUUAUAAACAUAGCAGUUUCUCUAGCUGGGCCUGGCACCCAGACCACUUCAUUAAGCUGAAGUGGUCUGGGUGCCUAGAGUGGUCCUUUAAGGAAUACAUGUUUUGUAUUCCUAAUGUUGUAGUGUUCAUUUUGUUAUAUGUUGAAUGGGAAUAAUCUUUAAAGAUGAACACCUCAUUUUCUUCAUUUUGUUUUCCAGUUGGUGACAUAGCUGCUGCAUUGCAGAUGAGCCCCAGUGACUUUGAGGAGAAAUAUCAUCAGAAGCUGCCAGAUAAGUCAGACACAGUAGUAUUUUCAUGUCUGGCUGGAAUUCGAAGCAAGAAAGCAUUGGAUGUAGCAAGCUCAUUAGGAUUUAAUCAGUAUGUAUUUCAUCAAGCACAUGAUGGUUUCCAAACAUGCAUGAGAGUUAGAGGAAUUACAAGGUGCCACACGUUCCCUGGCCCACCCCCAUUGUAAGCAGUCAAACGGUUUGACUUCUUACCUGGCUCCUAAGGAGCUUUCAGUAGCAGAGCAUCUCUGGCACCAUAACUACUAAAUGGCUUUUUUCAUGAAAGAAAACUAAAAUAUGUACAACACUAUAUGGCAACUGACACAUGCUGUGUUCCAGCUGAAGGGUCUUCGUUUGGAAUAGCUGCUGCCAGCCAAACAAUUGAAAGAUACACUAGAAAGGCAAAACCAGUAUAUUUAUCUACUGAAAAUGAUGCUUUAAAUCACUGCUUGACAAAUUUCACUAGAAUCUGGAAAAACUUUAAUCAACAACAGGCACAACUUACUAGCUGCCCUCAAAUACCUAAUAAAUCAUUCACACUCAAUAAGCCAUGAUUUAUAUUACACACAGUGUGUGGGAGUUGUUCAGAAGGGGAUUUGUUUGAUCUCUUCUGACCAGCAUGAAGAUAAAAAUGUGUAUAUUGUCAUGGUGACCUGGCAUAGUGGAUUUGUCAGGGCCUUAUUUAAAGAUUAUUUAGGUAAUGUCCUCUUUUUUGUCUUGAAUUUAACCCCUUAAAGGACCACUAUAGUGCCAGGAAAACAUACUCGUUUUCCUGGCACUAUAGUGCCCUGAGGGUGUCCCCACCCUCAGGGACCCCCUCCCGCCCGGCUCUGGAAGGGGGAAAGGGGUAAAAACUUACCUUUUUCCAGCUCUGGGCGGGGAGCUCUCUGCUUCCUCUCCUCCUCCGUUCCUCCUCCUGGGCUGAAUGCGCACGCGCGGCAAGAGCUGCGCGCGCAUUCAGCCCGUCACAUAGGAAAGCAUUUACAAUGCUUUCCUAUGGACACUUGCGUGCUCUCACUGUGAAAAUCACAGUGAGAAGCACGCAAGCGCCUCUAGUGGCUGUCAAUGAGACAGCCACUAGAGGAUUAGGGGGAAGGCUUAACCCAUUCAUAAUUAUAGCAGUUUCUCUGAAACUGCUAUAAUUAUGAAAAAAUGGGUUAACCCUAGAAGGACCUGGCACCCAGACCACUUCAUUAAGCUGAAGUGGUCUGGGUGCCUAGAGUGGUCCUUUAAGGACCAAACUUCUGGAAUAAAAGGGAAUCAUGACAUGUCACACAUGUCAUGUGUCCUUAAGGGGUUAAAGGAACACUCCUAACAUCUGACAUGCAAGCACGUAUCCCUAAAAUUAGCGUUAUACUUUCUAGAUUAGAAAUGAUAGACUUUUAUUUACCUUAUAAUGCCAGAUGCGUCAUUCUUGCAGCAGUUGCUGCUCCACAUUGCUGUUUUUUUCUUUUGAUGCGGAAAAUGGUAGGGCAAGUCUGCAGCUUUUCCAAUCGUUUUUUUUUUUUAUAUAUAUAUAAAACAAUGAAACAGCUGUUCAUCGGUAGUUUAAUGGCUCUUCAUCUUUUCCUAAGUUGUGUUUCAAAGCUGUUGUAUACAGCAAACACAGACUCAAAGGGAAUCCAUGUUUAAAAUGGAAUGAGGCAAAAAUUUGAUUCUUUGUUAAACUAAUUUGCAUAUGCCCACCUAGAAUCCUUUGUGGUAUUAACAUCACUGCAAAAUAUACUAUUUCUGUUGGAAAAGCAAAUCUUAUGGCUUGACUGGUGUGCAGAUUUUUGUUUAACAUUGUUAUAUAUAUAUAUAUAUAUAUAUAUAUAUAUAUAUAUAUAUAUAUACACACACACACACAUACAAGGGGAGGUUGGCUGCACUCACCUGAACAUGCAUAAAUGGGGGUGCUGCUGGGGGCCAAAUUAUACAAUACACAAGAUCCAGCGCACUCACCUAUCCACUAAACAGCAACUUCAAUGUUGAAAGAUUUUAUUAGUUUUUAAAAAAACACCUAAUCUAGGCAAAAAUAAUGGGGCUUUAGUUACAUUAUAUGUUUAUACAUUGCAUAAGCCUGCCACAAUGUCAAUGUACCCCAUUCUUGGCAGGUCCUACACUAACAGCCUUAUGAGAUUAACCCACUUACUUGGGGAAAAAAAUCCAUAACUUUUUCCCCAAGUAAGUGGGUUAAUCUCAUAAGAGCAGACAUUAGGCUGUUAGUGUAGGACCUGCCAAAGAUGGGGUACAUUGAUGUUGUGGCAGGCUUAUGCAAUGUAAAAAAAACCAAAUCUUUCCACAUUGAAGUUGCUGUUUAGUGGAUAGGUGAGUGCGCUGGAUCUUGUAAUAUAUAUACACACACACACACCUGUAAUUAUAUCUUGCAUAAUUAAAUUUGUGUGCGUUUUCAUUUGAGGUAUAUCUACUAAAUAGGGAUUUUUAUAUUUUUUUAUUUAUUUGGGUAGUGGAGUAUUGUUUUCAUUAAAAUAAAGUGUGCUGCAUAAUUAAAAGAGCACUCCAAGCACCAUAGCCACUACAGCCUGGAGUGUUAUAGGGACAUUCCACAGUAAAAUGUCACACCAUUUUAACAACUUCAUUGGGUAACACCAAGUGCCUGUGGAAACAUCCCCUGCAUCCAGUCUGUAGAAUCCAGAUUUCGGUAUAGAGCAAAGCAGGACCAUGCAUCAUUAGCUUAGUGUUAACUGAGCACUCUUGGCAAAUGAGGGCAAUCCUGCAUCCGGUGUCUCCUGCUUAAGCCAUAUUAAACAGGUUUAUUGAAAUUUCUGGUAAUGCAGUCAAAAGUAAACAUAAGACAAAGUAGGGAAUAGACCUACUUUGAUCUCCUAGACCUCGGUGUUGCACUCUUGCACAUGUGUGAAAGUACAUCACUUACGUGUGCUCCUGGCGAAUGAAGCGCCAAGAGCUUAAGAAAUAAGGGGAACAGCAUCUUGUAUCUCACCUCGGCUGGCCCCCUGAGCUACCAUCAGCAUGUCUUUGCACAAUAUUCAGAGACCCCAGAAAGUAACAUAUCCACUUUAAAAUGGUCUGGCAUCUUACCAUUGGACCAGGUUACUCUUGGCACCAUAACCUUAAUCCUCUGCUGUUUUCUUGGUUGUUUUUUCUUUUCUGUUUAUUUACUUUUUCUGGCAGUGCUCAAACAGCCUUUCAAUUUCAGGCACACCCUCUGCUAUUUAUUACACCCCACUCACCCCCCUUUUUCCCUCCCCUUCUCUAACAUCAGUUGUUUUAAGUGUUAAACUCAUCAGAUUGAUGUGUAUUGCUUCAGUCCUGAGGAAGAGAGGGAACUCUCGAAAGCUUUAAAGGACCACUAUAGUGCCACGAAAACAUACUCGUUUUCCUGGCACUAUAGUGCCCUGAAGGUGCCCCCACCCUCAGGGACCCCCUCCCGCCCGGCUCUGGAAAGGGGAAAGGGGUUUAAACUUACCUAUUUCCAGCGUUGGGCGGAGAGCUCUCCUCCUCCGUUCCGCCCCGUCGGCUGAAUGCGCACGCGCGGCAAGAGCUGCGCACGCAUUCAGCCGGUCGCAUAGGAAAGCAUUUACAAUGCUUUCCUAUGGACGCUGGCGUGCUCACUGUGAAAAUCACACUGAGAAGCACGCAAGCGCCUCUAGUGGCUGUCAAUGAGACAGCCACUAGAGGCUUUGGGGGAAGGCUUAACCCAUUAAUAAACAUAGCAGUUUCUCUGAAACUGCUAUGUUUAUUAAAAAAUGGGUUAACCCUAGCUGGACCUGGCACCCAGACCACUUCAUUAAGCUGAAGUGGUCUGGGUGCCUAGAGUGGUCCUUUAAAAUAUUAUGUUAGUCCAAUAAAAAAAGGUAUCAUUGCAUACUGCAAUACUCUGGUAUUUUGGCAAUUUCAGAUAUUUAAACUAAACAAGUAUUUAAAACACUUUUACUUCUGUGGUUACAUUUCCUGUUAAUCUAGACCAGACAUACUACAUACAAAAGAGACAUAUCUGUAGUUAAUUAUGACAAUAGGAUAAUUUAGAACUCUUGUUUAGACCUCAACAGCAACAUGUCUUUUUGACCUUACUGCUUUAUUUAUUUUGCCAUCAUCCAUUCUAAGAAAAUAUUGCUUGAUUUUCUCUGGUAGGCAAUACAAACCAGCUGACCAAAAUUCACCACCUCCAAUUACAAUUUUAAUAAUGACACGGAGGCUCCUAUUAUGCUUUCUUUUAAUUUCCCUCAGCAGCGAAGAGAGAGAUUUAUACAGAAGAGAAAGAAUAAACAUAACAUUGCAUAGUAACAAUGCAACCAAUCCGCAUUCAUCAACUAGUAUAUAAGGUGUAGCACUCCAACACUCUUCCUCUUUCUUCGCUGCUCCAUCAGACCAGCAAAGUACAUUUGCUUCUUUAUACUGUUUGACAAUAACAAAUAUUUUACUCUAUUGGUAAUAUUUCCACUUGAUUAAUAUUAUUUCAAACUGCUUGAUUAUAGGUUUAUUUGGUUUAAUCCUCUAGAGUGUGCCCCUGGGAAUGUGGGAUCUGUGACUAAAGUCAUUCUCCUUCCCCUUGGGGGUCCCUCUCGACAUCCAAAACUUUGCCAACCGAGGGAAGACAUUAAGUGGACCCUAGCUGUGUUUGUUCCCUCCGCCCGCAGGAUACUGCCCGUCGACGUUUAGCGCACAUAUUUUAUUGGUUCCACAUCGCCACCAAUGCCGGCGUCCGUUUUAGUGCGGCCCAAGAGCGGUAAUCUCAGCGCGGUCCGGCGGAAUAGCAGAACAUGGCUCCUAUCAUUGCUAUUGUUUAUAUUGAUGUUUUUUUGCUUUCGGUUUUUUCCUCCUAAUUACUUUAGUUGGGUGGCUGGAUUAAGCAAUUCUUCCCACCUAGAUCUUCCUAUAUCCUCCCUACCUUAGGUUUUUUCAUACAUGCUGGUGGCCUAUACUUGCCCUGAUAACCCCACAGGGCUGGUUGGCAUAGGGCUAUAUAUUAUUUGAAUUGUUGAUCAUCUCUCAUCCUUUGUGGAGAUUCUGUAGCUGUAACAUGCAAGUAUCUGGUGAUGGGCCUGUCGACCACCCUCUGAACGUCAUGGGGACUACUGUCCCUGACCCCUUAGACGAUGCCAACAUGAUCUUCAGAGGAAUUCCAAAGCCUACUGGACCGAACUAUGACAAACUCCAUUAAUAAGGUCUUAACAUCGGCCAUGGGGGUCAUGUCCUCCACAAUUACACAGUCCAUAACUCAGUCAUUGAUGCAAGGGCACCCUACAACCCAGGCCCCUCCACAAACCUCUGAUACGCCCAGCGUACCCUUGCCGGGCCGCAAGGGCCUGAGCAAGAGUAAACACCAUGAUCUCCCUCCACAUAUCAAGGGUGACCCUGGUUUGAAUGACAUGCCUCAGGCUGUCCAAGAUGGCGCACAAUAGAGCCACUGUCCGGGCAAAAGCGGCCAGACAUUGGAAACUGGCAAGGUCCCAUGAGAUCAUGUCCGACUCGGACUAAAGUGAUGAGGAGGGCUCAGAUGAGGUAGAGGUUUCAGAGGAUGAGAACCUCAUGGGGACGCAAUUGGACGCCGCUCCAUCCAAAAAGGCCCUAGGUAACCCAGGUGAACCACGGGACGUUCAGCCUACCCUGGCGUUCGACCCGGAUGACAUGCGCCAACCGUGCUCGGCUUAAUGGGAGCCACCGGAGCAUAUUACACAAUACAUGGCGCUGAGGGUCCGCAAACCCCUCUCCCAGGAGGGCCUUAAUAAACUGAGGGCUGAAUGUCCCCAACCCAUUAUUCUGGACAUGGUGACCAAGACACCUGAAGUCGAUCCGCAGAUCGAACAAUUUUUAUCAAAAACCGUCUGGAAGCCGAAGAAGGGCCUAGACUACUCCUUACGGAAUUGCCAGGAUAAGUUCCUGGACACACUAGGCCCUAUUACUAAACUAUAUGAACUGCUGGAGUCAGCACAAUCGAGUAAAACCCAAAUUAAGACAUAGCGUUUGGAUGGUUGCAAUGCCUGGUGUGCACGGUUGGCAAUGCCAACUCUGCCAUGUCCACAGAACGCAGGAAAGCUAUCCUGCUCAAAAUAGAAUCUAAGCUAGCAUGGCCACCACUGGACCUGGAGUGGCCGCUAAAGGCCUAUUGUUUGGCGAGUCCUUUGUCAAGGGAAGCAAGGAAAUGGAGGUUCAUAUGCCUGCCCUUUGGCCUGUCCUCUGCCCCAUGGUGCUACACGAAAGUCCUGAAACCAGUGGUGACCUUCCUGAGAAUACACGGGAUACGACUAAUCUUCUACUUAGACGAUGUCCUCCUACUGUCACAAACACAGGAACAACUGACCAUCCAUCUCACUUGGACCAUACACAUCCUUAAGAACCUAUGUUUCUUGGUUAACUGGGAAAAGUCAGUUCUACAACAAUCUCAGCGUAUGGAGUUCCUAGGAUUUCGGGUCAACUCCAUCAAACAAGUUCUAUGCCUCCCGGCAGAGAAAAUUUCGAACAUCAAGAAGGAGAUAAAACGAUUGAUGAACCGCCCGGACAUAUCCCUGCGGCAACUAGCGAGGGUCAUCGACCUGUUAGCCGCCUCCAUCCAGGCAAUUUUCCCGGGCCCAUUACGCUACAGGGCUUUACAGAGAUGGAAGGCAUCCUACCUGAGAAGUGGCCAUUUAUACGAAACACGCAUUUUGUUAUACGAGGAAUCCAGGGAAGAAUUAACCUGGUGGCUGGCCCGCAUGGAAUGGGCGAGCAAUUUUCAGAUCCACUCCGGAUCUUGUGAUAAAAUCAGAUGCGAGAGUUUACAGGGCUGGGGCGCAUGUUGCGGUCCCAUUUCCACCAGAGGCAGAUGGUCCACAGAAGAAUCUUUUCUGCAUAUCUAUUGCCCGAAACUGCUGGCAGCCUCGUUUGCCAUUCGCAGUCUCUCUCCCAAGAACAUCUCUUGCUCGAUCCUCCUCAAACUAGGCACAUUUCCGCCAUCCGCUACAUCAACCACCUGGGUUGAACUAAGUCACGAAUGUUAGCAGUAUUGGCCAGAGACUUCGGGCAUUAUUGUCUGUGACAAAAUAUAUCAGUAACAGCGGAACAUAUCCCACGUCUGGAGAAUUACACCGCAGACUGGAACUCCCGUUACAUGAAGGACAUGGGGGAUUGGAAACUUCGGCCGUCUAUAUUCAGGGAGAUUGCCCGCCUCUGGGGGCCAUUGCAAGUGGACCUCUUUGCAUCCAGACUGAACACUCAACUUCUGCGAUUCUUCAGUUGGAGACCGGACCCAGAAGCUACAGCAACGGAUGCAUUCCUCCAAGAUUGGUCCACAAACCUGGCAUAUCAACAACAUUGCAGAGGUACUAUAGUCCUGAUAACCCCAUUCUGAAGGUCACAACCUUGGUUCCUACACCUAUUGGAGAUGGUGAUAGAUUACCCACUAUUGUUACCGGAUCUACCUUUCCUCCUGACCAAUCUGGAUGGGGAGAGUCACGGAUGAAGGACACAUGGCUGCUAUCCAGUUUACAGUUAGAAUCAGUUUUGCGAUUUUGAUUUUCUGUCUUCGGAUCACUACGGAAAGAGGAAGAGUGUUGGAGUGCUACACCUUAUAUGCUAUUUGAUGAGUUGCAAUGUUAUGUUUUAAAAAAAAAAAAAAAAUUAUCUUCUGUAUACAUCUCUCUCUUCACUGCAGAGGGAAAUUAACCCCUUAAGGACAUGUGACAUGUCAUGAUUCCCUUUAUUCCAGAAGUUUGGUCCUUAGGGGGUUAAAUGAAAGAGAAAGCAUACUCGCCUCAGUGUCAUGUUAAUAGUAAAAUCUAGGAAUUCUUUCACAAAGCAUGACCAACAGUAAAACAAACUUCUACUUUUCUCACAACAAAAUGGUUGCUAAUUUGUAAAACUGAAAAAAGGAUAUUUUACACAAUCAUUCCAAACGGUUUUGCAAAAUUUGUUGCAUAUCUUCAGCCUAUACACAUUUCAUUUUGUAUUCUAUUUAUGUAUUAUGAUAAUCAAGUUGAGCUACUGCCUAGGUGCCAGAGAGUCUUUGAUUCCUCUUAGUUUUUAUGCAAGGAAGACCAUAUGAAGGCUACUCAAAGGCAUGAAAACAUAAAACUGACACAAUCUAGCAAGGUUCUUAAAUCAGAAUAACACUACUCUCUCCCCUCUUUCUUUUUUAGAAUUUACAAUUAUGGUGGUGGCUUUGAGGACUGGGCAAGACAUGAACAUCCCCAAAAGAAGUGAUCUGUAUUUUGGAUAUUUUUUAGCUCCACUAGAACCACAGUAUUGUAUCACCGUGCAGCAUAUUCAGAGAAGAAAAAUGAGAAAUGUUAUUUGUACACAAAACACUUAUUGUUACGACCGGUAAAGGAAAAGCUAUAUGUAGAAUUUGAAUAGCAGCAUUGUAUGUCAUGUUUUACUGUUUGGGAUCAAGUGUCAUAUAAACGUAUUGGGGCCUAGUUAUAUGCCAAAAUAAUGUAACUGAAAAAAAUAGCUGAAUGAGUUUUCUCCAGUUUAAAUGUUUGGGACAAAAAGAUGCAAUUCCUGUGGAUAAACUGAUGUAAUUAAUGCUGUUCUAUGCAUAUACAAUUAUAGCAAAGAAUGUAUAUUGACUGUUGGGGCAGUGCAGAAGUUUAUUUUUUUGAUCAAUGCAGUCCUCACAAUUAACCUCUUUCUGUGAUAUUUUGAUUAAAUCUGAUAUAAUAUACUUUGGCAAGGAGGAGGUUUAAUUUCAAUGUUGUGGAAGACCAUGAGAAAUUUGAAGGAAAAAUUAUCAAACUAGUUUUUGCAUCAAAAUUGUUUGUGGCCCAUUUGGUAUAAAAUCAGAAAUUUUUAUCAGCACUCCAAACUUGUAAUUUGUCUGUAGUCAAUUUAAUCUACAUUUCUGAAUUUAUCAAAAAUAUCCAGUCAUGUAUUCACUAAAGUUUGGAUUAUGGAAAAGAGAAUUAUAAAUUUUAGAUCAACAUAGCCACAUAAGGAAAAUGAUCUAAUUUCAGUUAAUCUGGAAAUCUAUAUCAACUGAGCCCAUGGCUCAGUGAGUGCAUGUCACAGCCCAGUAGUACUGAUAUCCCAUACAUUACUAGCUACUCCCUGUAAGUGGUUGAAAUUUGGCACCAAUGUGUGUUGUGUAGUGGUUUAAAAAAAAAAAAAUUCAUACUCAACAGCAUUCAAAUGAACUUUGCUAGCUCCAUAACCAUAAUGCACUGUAAUUGUAGUGCCAUUGUGCCCCCUCCCAUUGUAAAUAGUAAAGCUAUUUUAGAAC